GGUGGAACCUCUUUUAGUAAUUUUUCCCUUUUAACAAUGAUCAUGUCAAUGGCAAUCAAAUCUAAACCCAUUCUUGUCAAGCAAGCGGUCUGUCGAUACUUGUCUACCUCUCCUGUGCAGCGGUUGUACAUUCAAAAUAAUCUCCAUAAUGAUCAAACCCAUACUUCUCAACCAGCCAUGGAUCCUAAUGCCAAGUUAUAUGACUUUAGAAGUGAUACUGUUACUGCCCCUACUGAUGAAAUGUUUGAAGUGAUGAAGAAGGCUACAAGAAAUGAUAGUGUCUUUGAAGAAGAUGAUAGUGUCCAUGAAUUGGAACGCCAUGUGGCUGAUCUCACUGGUCACGAAGCUGGUUUAUUCUGUGCAAGUGGUACCAUGACCAACCAACUCGGUCUCCGUGUACAUUUGACCCAACCUCCUCAUUCAGUUGUCUGUGAUGCUCGUUCUCAUGUUCAUUUGUGGGAAGCUGGUGGUAUUGCCUUCCAUUCUCGUGCUUCUGUUAGCCCUGUGAUUCCUCGCAAUGGUGUUCAUGUGACCGCCACUGAAAUUGAAGGUAAUUUGAUUGAACCUGACCUUCAUACUGCCCCUACUCGUGUUGUCUCCUUGGAAAAUACAUUAAGCGGUAUGGUGAUGCCCUUACAAGAUAUGCAAGAAAUAGCUGCGUUGGCCCGUGACCGUGGUCUUGCUAUGCACUUGGAUGGUGCUCGUCUUUGGAAUGCCCAUGUAGCUAGUGGUGUGCCUCUUCACGAAUACGGCAAGUGUUUUGAUUCCAUGUCCUUAUGUUUAUCAAAAGGUGUAGGUGCGCCUAUUGGAUCUAUGUUGGUGGGUAACCGAAAGUUUAUUGAUCGUGCUCGUCAUUUCCGUAAGUUGUUCGGUGGUGGUUGGCGACAAGCUGGUUCCAUUGCUGCUGCUGCAAAAUACUGUAUUGAUACUGUGGUGCCUACGAUGGAUGCUACUCAUGCUCUUACUCGUUAUUUGGCUGAUCAACUAGUAAGCUUGGAUAUUGAUCUUCAAAAUCCUGUACAUACCAAUAUGGUGUUGAUUGAUACCGCUCGUGUUGGCUUGAAUAUUCAAAAGGAUGUGGCUCCUGCUCUUUUGCGCAAGAACAUCAAGAUUGGUGGUAUGGGCUCCAAAUCAAGAAUCGUGUUACAUCAUCAAAUUGAUAAAGAAGGUGUGGAUCUUCUUUUAAGCGUCUUCCGAGAAGUUUUGGCUCAACACAACACUCGCAAAUUCCAACAAGAACAAGAACUCGCAUCAGCAGAAGCGUAGUUUUAUAGUGGUAGUUUAGAGAUAUCAUAAUUUAGUAUUAUCAUACAUGUAGAUAGAUUCAAAAGAUGGCAUAGUUACAACACAUUCAUAUAUCAUUCCCUUGCAUUGGCGUUUUUCUUUUUUUUU